AUGCGUCCACAUAUGGGUAUAUUCCUGGCAGUUGUAACUGCACCUAUAACUCUUGCAGCACCAGCCCUAGUUCCAGGCCCCUCACCCAAACCACAAAAUUCAACAGACUCCUCCUCUUGCCCUACAUCAAGUGGAGGGAAUAGAGUUUCUCAUAUUGGUAGUUUGACUUCACUCAUCCCAGCAGUGUUAAGUGAUGUGACGAACGUAUUGACCGCAGCGGAUGAAGUAGCGAAUGCUAUCGCAAAUGGAACAGUCUUCGGUACUGAUGUACCAGUGCUUGUAAAGAAACUAUUUUCGGCUGUACAGCCAACGGCUACACCAACUAGCAUUUCCCAAGCACAAGAAUUGGCUGCUGGUGUAUGGGGUGUAACUAAUCCAUCUGCUUCUCCAACGGCACCAGCAAAUAUUAUCGCAAAUGUCCUCGAACUUGUUCUUGAUGGUUUUACUUCUAGUGAUCUACAAGCUCUAUCAUCUGGCGUUAAUCCGGCUGCUAAUUCUGUUAAUAAUGUUAAUGAUGCUGUGUCUUCUAACAAAACAUUUUACAAUACUGUUAAAGGCGACGCACCAUUUUCUGUCAACGAGGAAACUCUCCGAGCUGCAAUUUAUAUCCCACCUAGUUUUACCUGGGGUAAAAAGCAACCCGUGAUUAUGUUACCUGGCACAGGUGGAUAUGGAUAUGUCACGUAUGCUUCUAAUAUAGGCAAACUUCUUUCUGCAACAGACUAUGCCGAUCCCGUCUAUUUGAGCAUACCGAAUGCAUUUACUUCCGACGCACAGAUUAAUGCGGAAUAUGUAGCCUAUGCUCUUCAAUACUUCUAUGCCAUGACUUCGCGAAAACCUGCUAUUGUCACUUGGUCCCAAGGAUCCCUUGAUGCUCAUUGGGCUUUUAAAUAUUGGCCAUCAGUCCGCAACAUCGUCACGGAUCACAUCGCCAUUUCACCUGAUUACCACGGUACAGUUCUAGCAUACAUUCUAUGUCCCGGAUUUGCCCUCGGAAACGGCAUAGCCUGUACCCCGUCAGUUCUCCAACAAACCUACGAAUCAAAUUUCGUCAAGCGACUGCGCUCCACCGACGGCGAUUCCGCCUACGUUUCUACCACCAGUAUCUAUUCACUCACCGACGAAAUCGUACAACCCCAAGCGGGAACCGCAGCAUCAGGUUUCAUAAAAGAUGUUCGUGGUGUAGGUGUCUCUAAUACUUUUCUCCAAGGUGCAUGUGCUGGGCUUCCGGCUGGAGGAUUGUAUACGCAUGCUGGUGUGUUGUAUAAUCCAGUUGCGUAUGCGUUGUUGACGGAUGCGUUGAAGAAUGAUGGACCGGGAUUGUUUGAACGGAGAGGCGGUCGAUUAUUCGUGGUAGUUUUGGAUUGGUUCUUGUAUAUACCCAACUUAUUUUGA